AUGUUGGCAAAAGCAUUUCAACAAAACUUAUCAAGACGUCUACCUGCUCUUGCAAGACGUGCCGCUGUGGUAUCAGCAACUCGUACAUUCUCCACCCAUCCCGUUGUCAAGCAAGCUACGGCUGUCACUACCCCUUCCAACGAUUCUCUCGGCUUUGAAACAAGUGCUGCAACUCCCACUGGAAGACCUAUCUACCUUGACAUGCAGGCCACAAGCCCUACCGAUCCAAGAGUCCUUGAUGCCAUGUUGCCUUACAUGACAGAGAUUUAUGGCAAUCCCCAUUCGAGAACGCAUCAGUAUGGUUGGGAGACUGAGACCGCUGUGGAAAAUGCUCGUGCUCAAGUGGCCAAAUUGAUCGGUGCGGAUCCCAAGGAAGUCAUCUUCACCUCGGGUGCUACUGAAUCCAACAAUAUCAGUUUGAAGGGUGUGGCUCGUUUCUACAAGAACAAAAAGAAACAUAUCAUUACUACACAAACGGAACACAAGUGCGUUCUUGAUUCGUGCCGUAUGUUGCAAGAUGAAGGAUUCGAAGUCACCUAUCUCCCUGUGCAAAGCAAUGGUGUUGUGGAUCUCAAGUUGCUUGAAGAAUCAAUCCGCCCCGAUACCGCCAUUGUCUCAGUGAUGACCGUCAACAAUGAAAUUGGUGUUAUUCAACCUAUUGCUGAGAUUGGCAAGAUUUGCCGUUCCAAAAAGGUGUUUUUCCAUACCGAUGCUGCCCAAGCUGCUGGCAAGAUCCCUCUCGAUGUUAAUGCCAUGAAUGUGGAUUUGAUGAGUAUUUCGGGUCACAAGUUGUAUGGUCCAAAGGGCGUGGGUGCCAUCUAUGUGCGUCGUCGUCCUCGUGUUCGUCUCGAACCCAUCUUCAGCGGUGGUGGUCAAGAGCGUGGUAUUCGAAGUGGUACUGUGCCUGCUCCUUUGGCAGUGGGUCUUGGUGAAGCUUGCCGUAUUUCCAUGGAAGAAAUGGAGUAUGAUCACAAACGUAUCUCUUAUCUUGCAGACCGAUUGAUCACCAACAUCCAAGCCAACAUUGAACAAGUUACUCGCAAUGGUGAUUCCGAAAAGAGCUAUCCAGGCUGUGUGAACUUGUCGUUUGCUUACGUUGAAGGUGAAUCUUUGCUUAUGGCAUUGAAGGAUAUCGCAUUGUCAUCAGGCUCGGCAUGUACUUCAGCAUCUCUUGAGCCAUCCUAUGUGCUUCGUGCUUUGGGCGCUGAUGAUGAAAUGGCACACAGCUCCAUCCGCUUUGGUAUUGGCCGGUUCACAACUGAAGAGGAAAUCGAUUUCGUGAUCAACAAGGUGUCCCAGCAUGUACAAAAGUUGAGAGAUAUGUCACCUUUGUGGGAAAUGGUCCAGGAAGGCAUCGAUCUCAAGUCCAUUCAGUGGUCGCAACACUAG